AUGGCAGUCCUCUGGAGAGACAAGUUUGAUCCAGUAGUCUUUCUCACCCCACACAGCCUGACUGACUGCCUGUCUGUCCGUCUGUCCUUCCCCUCAGAGUCUGUUCGUUGUGCCAGGGUGCUGGUGACUGGGGCCAGCACAGGCAUCGGAGAACAGGUGGCAUACCACUAUGCCAAGACGGGCGCCCAGGUCGUCAUCACAGCCAGGAGGGAGUACGCCUUACAGAAGAUAGAUAUUGACAGCCUCUGUACCAGAUGGCUGUCGAACAACUGGUUGAAUUUCCUCAGCUAUGUUGACAUGGCUUCAGCAGCUUUACCAGUACUGGAGCAGAGUGCAGGGUCUAUGAUCGUAGUGUCAUCUCUGUUGGCUCCAGAGGAUAUACCAACACGGCCUACCCAGCCAACGAUGCUGCCCUCCACAUCAUCAAGGCCGGGGCCACACACCAGAAGGAGUCAUUUUACCCUGGAUACAUCUACUUCGCCUGCUUGUGCAGAGACUGGUUCCCCUUCUUCAGAGACAUCAUCAUCCAGAACUCCUACACAUACUGAAGGAGCCACCAUACCCCUAGUUAAGGAAGCACCUAAGCCUACAGGAACAUGUGUGUCCUCAGGCCAAGAAUAGCAAAGCACCCUUUACUGGCUCAGCUGCCUUACCAACCUUUGAGUAAACAAAUGAACAACAGAUUUUCAACACGGUUAUAGGGAAGGGCAUUCAACAUGUACGGACGGCACUUACACAAAUUACUGAUGAUUGGAUGAGAUAUAUUUAUAAUAAAAAGAUUGUGGGAGCUGUUUUGUUAGACUUCAGUGCAGCUUUUGACAUUAUUGAUCAUAAUCUACUGCUUUACAUCCCCUGCUAUAUUGUGGAUGGAAAGUUACCCGUCUAACAGAACACAGAGGGUGUUCUUCAAUCGAAGCCUCUCCAACAUAAUCAAGGUAGAGUCAGGCAUUUCCCAGGGCAGCUGUCUACUGUUUUCAAUCUUUACUAAUGACCUGCCACUGGCUCUGAGUAAAGCCAGUGUGUCUAUGUUUGCUGAUGACUCCACACAUCAGCUUCCACAGCAAGUGAAAUCACUGCAACACUUAACUAAGCUGCAGUCAGGUUCAGAAUGGGUGUCAAGAAAGAAGUUAGUCCCAAAUAUUAAAAGCAUUGUAUUUGGGACAAAUCAUUCACUAAACCUUAAUCCUCAACUAAAUAUUGUAACGAAUAAUGUGAAAAUUGAGCAAGUUGAGGACAUAACCCUGGAUUGUAAACGGUCCUGGUCAAAACAUACUGAUGCAACAGUAGCUACGAUGGGGAGAGGUGUGUCCAUAUUAAAGUGCUGCUCUUCCUUCUUAACAAUGCUAUCAACAAGGCAGGUCCUACAGACCCUAGUUUUGUGGCACCUGGACUACUCUCCAGUCGUGUGGUCAGGUACCACAAAGAACGACUUAGGAAAAUUACAAUUGGCUCAGAACAGGGCAGCAUGGCUGGCCCUUAAAUGUACACGGGGAGCUAUGUGGUAUUUGUGGUAGUAGAGUAGUGGCCUGAGGGCACACACUUCAUGUAUUGUGAAAUGUCAUGUUUUUUCAAUUGUAUAUAACUGCCUUCAUUUUGCUGGACUCCAGCAAGAGUAGCUGCUGCAGUAUCUAAUGGGGAUCCAUAAUAAAUACAAAUAUAUAGUACACAGAGCAGGCAGGGUUAGGUUAGGGAACAGUUGUUCAGGAUAAGAUAGUAGGGUGUUACCCCUACUAUCUGUUCACUGUAUAGUAUGGUGUUCACCCACUCCGGCACAGAUUGGGUGAACACGCGCUUGGUGUUGAUGACAUUUCACUUCCUUAUUGUAUAAAAUACAUUUUACCAAGACAAAUGUGAUUCUGUUCUGUGUCUCUAAAAAAUGCUAAUUUAACCAUUCUCCUAUUUGUUUAAAAUGUAGUGGUAUAUUUGAUGUACAGUGGUAAAUAUGAAAAUAAAAGCUUCCAAAUUAAACAAA